AUGCAGGCCACUGCUUUCUCGCUGCUGAUUGCGUUCCUUACUAGCCUUGUGUUCUUAUAUCGACUCUCGAGGCAGUUCAGAUAUCCCGCUGCGUCGCCAAAAACAUGUACCAACUUUACUAGUAGUAACACAACAACCACAACCACAAAACCCAACCAAUCUGCCACAACAAACCCGGAUGAACCGUGCCCUUCCAUCACCGUCAAAAAGGAGCCCCCCUUCCCCGCAAACUGGCUAACUGGAAAACAAAUUUUCGACCUCGAGCGCCGCGCGCUUUUCAGCAAAACUCCCCUCCCCUUAUCCCACACAUCCCACUUUCCAACAACAGGCUCCUACCAAACCCUCAACAUAGCCAGCUACGCACUCCUCCUAAUCCGCGACAAAGACACGCGCAUCCGCGGCUUUCACAACGUCUGCAGACACAGAGCGUAUCCAGUUGCGACGCGCGAAUUCGGGACGUCGAGUGUGCUUCGCUGCCGGUAUCAUGGAUGGAGCUAUAAUUCAAGGGGGAGGUUGGUUAGUGCGCCGCAGUUCAAGGGCGUAGAGGGGUUUGAUGAUGGGGAGAAUGGGUUGUUUGAGAUUAGGGUAGGAGUUGAUGAGAGGGGGGUUAUUUGGGGUUUCUUGGGUGGGGAUGGUGAUGGGGAGAAAAUGAAGGAGAUGGAGGGCAUUGGAAAGGGGGUUAAGGCUGGGUGUGUCUGGGUUGGAGGCAGUGUUUUGGAGGACGGGUGGUUCAAUUGGAAGGUUGGAUUGAAUAAAUCCCGCCUCGAAACCUCUCUCGGAUUGAACCAGCAACAGCAGACACCUUCCUACGUCCAGCGCCUCCUAAGCUCAAUCUCCUUCCAACAGCAGCAGCACCAACAACCCGAAUCAACCCACCUCUUCCCAAGUACAUUUCUUUUCACGAUUCCGCGCUCGCAGUGCUGGCUAUUCAUCCGGUUCCUCCCCGCUACCGAGAACAAGUCUGCUGUCCGAUAUGAUGUUUACAGCUACAGAGAUGCGAAAGAUGCUGCAGCGCAGAGUCUUCUAAAAGAUGUGGAAGAGAGCGUGAAGGGUCUGAUUGAAGAUCUGGGAGCAGAGUAUCAGGGAGUAGCUGAAGACGACGCAGGAUCUAUGCUUUUGACCCUCGAUGGAGAAGCUGCAGAGGUCCAAACGCGCAUAUUAUCCCUCCUCCAAGCACACGCCAAACUCGAGAAACACCAUGGGGAAGAGAUAUACCCUGCAAGGAGAGAACCCCGGAUGAACACGCGGUAUGAGCAAGCGGAGCAGCUCUGUAGAGAACUUGAUUGCGGGGAAGGGGGUGGCGAAAGGGGCCUUGGAGGGGGCGGGAGUCUUGCUUGGUAG